AGACUUCAAGUCUUCAUCAUGUACCGGUCAUCACCAUCAUGGACAUCAUCAUGAUGUCUAUCCGAUGAUGACAAGCUCCAGCCAAUUGCCAAGGCAAUCAGAAGCACCUGAUUCUCUGUCACAACAAGUCCUCCUCCAUCAUCAUCUCAGCCACGAUGCAAAUCCGCCGCCGCCGCUCGAUUACGAAACUGGCCCAUCACGGAACGGAUCAUGGUACUUUGGCGGGAAAGAUCCCCUUCAUAAACUCCACUCCUCCUGCCGUCAUCAUCCUCAUCCUCCUCCUCAUCAUCAUGAUUCCACUUCCACUCGUCGAUGUCCACAGAGAGGAAGAAGUGCAAAGCUGAUUAAGCGGCAGCUGGCCAUCUUGUCAAAGAACUGCUGCUCAAGCCAAUCCUAUUUCAUAUGGAGAGAUCGGCUGGUUGUGCUGGGGGUAAUUGUGCUGCUGUUGUCGAUAAUUGGGGGUGGAAUCGCAGCCGUCUUUCCAGUACUAUUUUUCCCAAGGCCAGGUUUCUGGUUGGUUUAUCAUUCGCUCAUCACGGCAUUUCUAUCUUUCAACGCCUUGUUUAACUACGUGCUGUGCUGUUAUGUCGAAGCCGGAAGACCCCCCCUUGUGCCCUUUGGGUCUCCACAGCUGGUGGGUCAUCGGGGUCUGUCGGGGUACACGUUCUGUGUCCAUUGUCAGCAGCCUAAGCCAUCAAACGCGCAUCACUGCCGUGCCUGUAAUGCUUGUGUGAUGGAGAUGGACCACCAUUGCCCUUUUAUUGGUAAUUGUGUGGGUCUGCGAAACCAUCGGCACUUUGUCCUCUUUCUUGUGUAUGCGAUUCUUGGUGCCUCGUAUGUGGUCAUCAUGUGUCUGCUUGCGUUUAUGAAGCUAUGGUCGGCCAUGGUAUGGGCACGGAAGGAGGCGUUCGCAAGGAGGCUAGGGCUUCAACACGCCUUCAGGAUGAAUUUGCCACUCAAGCCUCUGCUUGAGGCCCUUGUGACUGUGGACCCGGAGAUGUCGAUGCACCUGCUGGGUCUUGUGUACCUGCUGCUGGCCAGCGUGGGUGUCAUAAUUGGCGUUGGAUUGCUUCUGCUACAGCAGAUCGACUUGAUGCGUGAUGGCCUCACACUCGUAGCCGCGAUGAAAGGCAUGACGGCAGCCGACGGGUCCUCUUGGCAAAGUGCCAUGACGCACUGCGGAGGAGGAGGAGGAGGAGGAGGAGGAGGAGGAGGGUCUGCUGUUGGGGCAGGCGCUGCUGCUGUUGUAAAUCAGAGGUCAUGGAGCAACCUGAGGCGGGUGUUUGGGAAUGGACAUCCGAUCCUGUGGUUGAUGCCACGACUCUCCCCUCCAGUUGGCUCGGCGUCUUGCUAUUAUUAUUCUAAGACGCUAUGAUGACGGACAUCUGGAGGUGAGAGUCCCACUGGUCCCACUAUUAUUAUUCUAAGACGCUAUGAUGACGGACAUCGGGGUCCGUCGUCUGAUACUGACAGUGGGAGCAGUGGGAGCAGUGGGAGCAGUGGGAGCAGUGGGAGCAGUGGGACACCUUGCCUGUGUAUUCAGCAUCUUCAGCAGCAGCAGAAGAAGCAAAGGAAAGGGAACAGGACUCUUGGAUCGGUGGCUUACUUUCCCUCUUCAGCAGCAGCAGCAGCAGUACUGAAUAGGAACAGGACUCUUGGAUGAUGACGGACAUCGGGGUCCGUUGUUUGGUACUCACAGUGGGACCAGUGGGACACCUUCCCUCUGUCUUCAGCAGCAGAAGCAGAAGGACAGAAAAGCAAAAGGACUCUGGGAUCGUGGCUGACCUUCCCUCGUCAGCAGCAGUGCAGAAUAGGAACAGGACUCUUGGAUGAUGACGGACAUCGGGGUCCGUUGUCUGGUACUGACAGUGGGACCAGUGGGACCAGUGGGACACCUUCCCUCUGUCUUCAGCAGAAGAAGCAGAAGGACAGAAAAGCAAAAGGACUCUUGGAUCGUGGCUUACGUUCCCUUUUCAGCAGCGGCAGCAGAGAAAAGGACAAGGACUCGUGGGAUGGUGGGCUGUUAGUGAAAUGAAGAGCUUGAUGUUGUGAUGGAGAUCAAACAUCGCUGAGGUAGAGAGUGUGCUGAGAAAAACAGGGCUCUAUUGUAAAACUCCCCACUCGAGGAAUGAAAGCAGAAGAAGAAGAAGAAGCAGAAGAAGAAGAAGAAGAAGAAGAAGAAGGCUAGGAGAGGGAGCAGUGGGACACCUUCCCUCUGAAUCUUUGUCCUGAAAAAGAACGAAAAACAGGCGUCAACAAAUAACCGGAGGAUUUCUGGAGACAGUAGGUGUUUUAUUUUUCCUUUUUUUCUUGUUUUCAACUAGAUACAGGAGAUUAUGUUUUCGCUAGAUACAGUAGUGUAUAUCAUCUUGAUGGAGAUUUUCACGUGGCCAAUUUUAACGGAGAAGGGAUUAGUAGGGAGCGAGGGUGAAGGCUGCAAUUGCAAUUACGUUUGCUGUUGUCGAAUAUCACGUCAUUCUUGUAGCUUUUUUUGGCCAAGCUUCGAGUUUAUGACUAUAUUAUUAUGAAUUUAUGAUAUUAUAUCAUACUAAUAUUAAGUCCAUCUCCUCUCUUCCCAGAUUCUCAAUCAAGAUUGUCAAGCUCU